UGCAUGCUCUUUUGCUUUUUUUGUCCGGUUCAUUCCUUGUUUAACUUAUUUGACAGUCUGGCACAGCUGUAUUUCGAGUAUUUAUAUUACACCAGCAGAAUGACAGUUGAAUCUCUUCAACUUCGGUCUUAGUUAUAUAGUUUAACUCUUCUUUGCUUUUUGGGGUUUAGCAAUUAAGUGGCCUGCAGUGGGCUCGACUCUGGAUUUUCAUGGCGACGUUGGAGAGAGGCUGGCAGUAUCUGGUCACAAAUUUUACUGACUUUCAACUGGCCUCCAUAGGCAGCUUUCUUCUUCAUGAAAGCAUAUUCUUCUUGUCUGGUCUUCCUUUUAUAGUACUUGAGAGACUAGGUCUCUUGAAUCAGUACAAAAUCCAGAGCAAGAUGAACACCCCUGCUGCACAGGAGAAAUGUAUAACUCGUUUGCUGCUAUAUCAUUUUUGUGUCAAUCUUCCUCUAAUGAUAGUUUCAUAUCCUGUAUUUAGAUUCAUGGGUAUGACGAGUGAGUUACCACUUCCAUCCUGGAAAGUAGUUGUAUCACAAAUUGUGUUAUAUUUUAUUCUCGAGGAUUUUAUUUUCUACUGGGGCCACAGGUUUUUGCAUACGAAAUGGCUGUACAAGCAUGUUCAUAGUGUUCAUCACGAAUAUGCUACCCCGUUCGGAUUGACAUCAGAAUAUGCACAUCCUGCUGAAAUCUUGUUCCUUGGUUUUGCAACCAUCGUUGGUCCUGCCAUCACUGGGCCUCAUUUAUUAACAUUAUGGUUAUGGAUGAGUCUAAGAGUGUUGGAGACUGUAGAGGCACACUGUGGCUAUCAUUUUCCUUGGAGCCUUUCCAAGGUUUUUCCAAUAUAUGGAGGAGCUGAUUUCCAUGAUUAUCAUCACCGACUGCUCUACACCAAGUCAGGGAACUAUUCAUCAACUUUCACUUAUAUGGAUUGGUUAUUUGGGACUGAUAAAGGCUACCGUAAACUAAAAUCUCUGAAGGUUGAUUCUAAGAGCUCAUGAGAGAAAGCUUGAAGGCAAUUUUCUGACAGCAGUAGUUAAGGAAGAAGGUUUGAGCUGGGACAUGCCACUUUCAGUUGAAGUCGAGGAACUAUUGAUGUCAUCUCAAUUUCUAGUGCUAAUGAUCCUGGAAAAGCUAGAUCUUUCUAUUUACCACUUAUUAGGAACUCCUUUUUCAACUGUUUUCAGGCAAUUGAAGAAAAAAAGAUAUGAAAAUUGGAACACUGGAAUGUUUUAGGAGUUGGAUGAGUUGAUUGUACCUUACUGUCAUGCAUCACAAAUAAAAGUUUGAUGCUACAAAUUUUAGGUCUUGUAGCUUGUUGAUUAUCUUUAGAAGGAUUGCGAGUUGGAUUUUGUACAUGUCUAUGUGCCAUGUUGUAGAAAAGGAAAAUAGAAUUGUGACUAGCAUUUUUUUGGUUUCA